AUGAUUGUUUCAAUUCCCUCGGAAUGUUUACAAGAAAUAUUUGAACAUUUACAAGACGACGAAAUUUCAUUACAUUCCAUAUUAUUAGUAAAUCGCUUUUGGUGCAAAAAUGUUUUACCAAUUUUAUGGAGACAACCCUUCUACUUGUGUGCAAAGAGAGGUGCUUCUCCAAAACUGGUGGAAACUUAUAUACAAUGUAUGGAUAAUGAAUCGAAAUGUCAAUUGAAACGCGAAUGUAAAAUACUAAGACGAAAGAUAUCUUCAAGAAUUCAGCCAAAUUUUGAUUAUGCUAGAUACUUGAGAAGGAUCGCUACAAAUGAUUUAUGGGAAAGUGUUCGGAAAUGGGUUAAUAAUAAAGAAUCUAAAACUUCACCCACUCUUAAUCCUUCUAACACUAAAGAAAACACAAAUACAAACAUUUAUUCAUCAAGUAAUAAACUAUCUUCAUCUUCCACUUUUCAUGAUCAUUUAAUGAGUCCUGAUCAAAAGAUGAUCAUAUGUGUGGUAAAAGAAUUGAGUUUGUUGUUUAAUAAGCAAUGUUCGGCAUUUGAUCAAUUGACAUUUAAUACUGAUCAUGAUGAGGUUAUAGGUUUUUAUUUAUUAAGAUGCUUACCACAAAUACGAGAAUUUAAUUAUUCUGGAUGGGGAAAUAAAGAAAGGAAUUUGGAUGUUGCUACUAGAUCAAGCAAUUGUCAAAAUUUGAGAAAAUUAAUUAUAGAAAAGGUUUCGACAGAAUCUAAACGAGGUGUAUAUGGUUUGAAAUAUGGUGGUAUUGGAAGGCUUGAACCAAUAACAACCUACUUUCCUAUACCAAAUCCCAUCAGAACGCAAAGGCAUACGGGCCUUCGUGGUAGUGUCGCUCGUACAAACGCAAUGAUCAAUGAUUUAAUAUUAUCAUCACCGUAUGUACGACAUAAUACAUAUAAUAUCACUGAAAAUAUAGAUAUAGGAACGACAAAUUUAUUGGAUCCCUUUUAUGAAAUAUUUACUUCUACAUACACCACAGAGACGCAAAUGUCAAAGAAUUUAUCAUCAUCUCGUAAUGAUCCACCCAGAUCAGAAAGAGAACAUCUUGAAAAUUUAAUUAAGUCACAAAAAAAAUUACAAUAUAUCUCUAUUUCUUUUUGUGAUUUAAAUUUGAACUUCAUCAAUUCUCUUGAAUCUCAAUCAAGGUCAUUAACUUAUUUAGAGUUUGAUACAAUAACUUUUGAAAGGAAUGUUGACUUGAAAUUGUUUGGAAUUUUUGUAAAUUUAAAAACGUUAAUUUUAACAAAUUGUUCUUGGGAUAAUAAUAUUAUCAGUAACAAACAAAACUCCAAUAAUAUUAAAAGUAAUUAUGAUAACCUCCUUCUUCAACCCUCUUCAACAACGUCUACGAAUAAUGAUCAAGGUGAUUUCAAACAAAAGAAUUGUUGUAGUUACACGAAUUCUACGGAUAGUUAUUCUUCUUAUAACAAAUCUGAUGAUCCUUACUCAACAUCAUCAUUGUUUUUCCUAUCAUUACAGACAUUGAGUGUUCGAGCAUCAUCAAUUUCUCAAGAUUCCUUAUUGUUUUUGAUAAGAUCCUCUUCUUAUACGCUUCGUUCACUUACAUUGAAUUGUCAACAUGACAUUGAUUUCAAUUUGCUCACCUUUAUAAUCACAUAUUGUCAUCAUAUCAGUGAAUUGGAAUUCUACAUCGAAGUGCAUGAUUUGAUCCGAGCAAUUGUUGAAAAUAAUAAAUUUGAUACCAAAGGGACUGAGGAAAUUGAUUUUUCCUAA